AUGCUGACUUGUUUUGCUUUUUGUAGGAUCGCUGAAGGCCAAUUCUACGAGGCGCAUCAGCAACUACGCGUCAUCGCAUCGCGAUACGUGAAACAAUCGAAUUGGCCCGCCGCCACCGACAUCCUCUUCCAGGGCGCACAAUCUCUUCUGAAGGCCGGACAAGGUGGUUCUGGAGGCGAUCUAUGCAUAUUUCUUUUGGAUGUCUUCCACAAGGGCGAAAUCAAGCCAGAUGCUGCGAGCAAGGGUAAAUUGCUGAGCCUUUUGCGCGCAUUCCCGAAGAACGAGCCAACCCGCAAGAAGUUCGUGAACGAAACGAUCGCCUGGAGCUCGAAGCUUGGAGAGUACCCUGCUGGCGAUCCGGAAAUACAUCAUGUGGCUGGAUCCCUAUACGCCGAAGAUCUCGAACCCUACGAUGCAGAGCGACAUCUGAUCCUUGGAACCAAAGAUUCGCCCGAAACACUUGCACAGCUCGAAUACUCCUGGUAUGAGGCAGAUGAAUCACAUACCGCACCUCUCUAUGCCGCAAGAGGCGUCCUUCCCUACCUAAUCAUCGGGAAUUUACGCGCGGCCAACAAAUUCUUUCUCUUGUUCACGUCACGGCUGGCACAAAAGGCCAAUCUCAGUGUGCAAGAAGUCUCGACAUCAUCCUCGGAUUUAAGAGUCUAUCCCAGCCUGCCGCUGCUCAACUUCCUUGGUCUGAUAUUGCUCGCGGUAGAACGAGGGGAGGCAAGUCUUUUCAGACAGUUGAAAAGUCGCUACGCAUCCCAUCUCAAGGAACUCAACUGGGACGAAGCAUUGGACCAACUAGGCGAGAUGUACUUUGGCGUCAAAGUGCCAAGACAGGGCAACCCUAUGAUGGAUAUGCUUGGUAAUAUGUUUAUGGGAGGAGGUUUAGGUGGAGGCAGCGGCAAGAAGGGUGGCAAGCCUCUUACACCAGCACCAGCUCCUGGACUUGAUUGA